AUGAGUUCCAGAGACCUCUUCUGGCUCAGCCCCUCAACCUCCGAAUCCACCAUCUCCACCACCACCACCACCACGGCUCCCGUUCCAAAACGAAGACUCACUCCCAACCAGACCCGCCGCGCUCACACCAAAUCCCGCACCGGCUGCACGACCUGCAAGCGCCGCAAAGUCAAAUGCACCGAAGACCGCCCCACCUGCCUCGCCUGCCAGCAACGCCAUACGCCCUGCUCGUACCGCGAUCCCGAUCCGAAUCCCACAACCAACCCCGGUCACGCACACGAUCAUCACAACCCAGGAAGAACCCUCCCUUCACGCCGCACCGCGACAACCGACCGCCGCAUCCUCCCCCUCCCAUCCUCCCCGGACUCGCCGUCAGACCUCAACCUCACCGACCUGCGACUGCACCACCACUUCCUGGCGACCUGCUACCCGCACCUGCCCGCAGGUAACGAGGCGAUCUGGCUCCGCGAGAUCCCCGUGCUGGGGACGCAGCGCGCGUACCUGAUGCACGCGCUGCUGGGGCUGGCGGCGACGCAUCUGCAGCUGCUGGCGCACUAUCGUGGUGACAGGGUGGUGAGGGAGGGUGGCGGUGGCGGUGGCGGCUUGGACGCCAAGGCAAUUCAUCAUCGCACGCAUGCGCUGGCGGGACUGCAUGGGGCGCUGCAGGAGGUGCCGGUGCCGCCGCCGCCGUCUUCCGCGCAGGGGGGUGGUCUUGUGGAGGGAGGAGGGAAUUGUUGGUCGCAGGCCCACGCGACGGCGCUGUUGGCGUGUGCGUACGCGCUGACGUUUCAGGCGACGUACAUGCCGGAUGGCUUGGAGGAGUUUGUGACGAUGGUGAGGGGGUGUGCUUUGAUUACGGGGCAGAUUGGGGAGAGAGGGUUUGAGAGUUUCUUUGAUCUUAGGGAGGGGGCGCAUGUGGAUGUUAUGGAGGGGAGGUGGGGUAGGGGUGGUGAUGGUGGAGUGGGCAUUGGCGGUUUGGAUAAGGGGUGGGUGGAUAGUGGGAGGAGAGGGUUGGGGAGGGUGAGAGCGUGGAUGGAGGAGAAAGGGAUGGAUGGGCACCUGGGGGAGGGAGUUGAGUGGAGAUUCAUCAGGGCGGUGGAGGAAGCGAUGGAGGGAUGUGAGGAGGGCGUCAGGGAAGGGUAUGUCAGAUUCUGCGCGGUGUAUAGAGUGUGGUUUGAGUGUGAUGGCAUGGAGUUUGGAAAGUUAGUCGACAAGGAUAAUGAGGUGUGUCGGGUGCUGAUGGCAUACUUUAUGGGCAUGGAGUUGUUGUUGGCUCCAGUGUUUGGCGGGAGGUAUGAGAGCGAGAAGAGAAGGAGGGAUGUGAUCGGACUGAGAAUCCUGUGCUCUUCAGAAUGGGUGACUCGGAUCAGUGAUGGAUUGGGUGAGUCUGGGAGAGAUCUGAUCAGGUGGCCACUCGAGGUCUCGAAGAUCGUGGGCCAUGGGGCAAGGAGAUGGGUGAUUGAGGACGGGAUGGAGGCGGCAUAUUUGGAGGCAGCAGUGUGGCACAGUGUCGAUGCAUCAGAGCCCGGUGAUGCUGGCCUCGGGAGAGGGCAUGCUAACGAUUACAUAUACCCUACACCUGAAGGGAAGUAA